GGCAGUCUGUUUACUUCCGGUAAGCUGCAUCAUUUUCUAAGUUUUUUGAAAAUUAAAUACAGAUGCGUUUACAAACCCAGGAAGUUCUCCAGUGUUUCAGUCCAAUAGUACUACUCCAAACCCAUGGAGAAAACCUUGCUCGAAAAUUUAGUUUAAAAUGCUGCAGCCAGUGCCGGAAUCUAGGAGAAGCUAACGAACCAUUUUACUACAAAAAAUAGCAGUCUCAAUGCUUUCUGAGGCUGGGGUCUCUGUGCAUAAAAUUCAACAACGCACAAUCCAUCAAAGACGGACUGUUUUGAUGCUAUUGGAAUGAAGUUUACGUGUCCCAACUAUAAUGAGACCGAGAUGUUUGGUCAGUAUACCGAAUGUGAUCCUAUUCCUCUUAGUAUCAGUGAUUAUGCUACAGAUCUUUCAUGUCUACCUCAUGCAGCACCAAGAGGACAUCCAAAAUGAGAGGCAUCACCGUACAUCAUCGAGGUAUAGAAUAAGUCCAGAGGUUAGAAAUGCUUAUCGGACCGACAGUAGUGGAUAUUACUUUAUUGUGCAAGAUAUAUUUGGAAGUGGGAAACAGCAUGCACCAGCUGACCUUGCUAUAGUGACCCAUACCACUUCCAAUCAUCUGCAAAACCUGCUGCAUCUGAGCAGGAGGUGGGAGGGACUUAUCUCUGUUUCAGUAUUCACCCACGGCCAAGAUGUUGAGUUUGCACUUCAUCUCAGUCAGAGAUUAUAUGAGUGUUACAAAGAGAUUGAGCAGAAGGUGAUUUUCCAUUUAGUAUUCCCUGUAUCGUGCAACAUCACUAAUAUUCCAUAUCAUCAAGUUAACUGUGAUGUGGAAGAUACAAUAAAAUCAUCUAACAAAAACUUUGAAUUAGGGGGCAAAUUAAGAUACCCCCAUAAUGUACUCAGGAACCUUGCUUUAAAAACAGUGGAAGCACGUUUCAUUCUUGCAAUGGACAUCGACAUGUUGCCUUCCGCAAAUCUAUUUGGUACAUUCCAGAGAAAUUUAAUAUCUUCCAUUACUUCUAGUAAUCAGACAGCAUACAUAUUGCCGGUUUUUGAAACUGGUGAAAAUUACAAUAUUCCAUCCACUAAAGAUGAGCUGUUACAAGAUAAAAAUAUUCAGCCAUUUUAUGCAAAUGUGUGCCAAAAGUGCCAGUACAUAACGGACUAUGAUCGGUGGAAACACCUCGGGAAAAGUGAAGCACUGGAUGUGGCUUAUGAUCUGCAGUGGACACACCCAUAUGAACCAUUUUAUAUCGCAUCAAAGUCAUCUUUACCAUUGUAUGAUGAACGAUUUAAACAAUACGGCUUUAACAGAGUCAGCCAGAUCUGCGAGAUGCAUGUCGCUGGAUACAAAUUCUCUGUGCUAAACAAUGCAUUCCUAGUUCACAAAGGUUACAAGAACAAAAGUGGAUUCUAUUGGGACAAAGAGAAAGACCAUCUAAAGAACAGGGCUCUCUACAAAAUCUUUAAAGAAGAACUUAAAUCAAAAUAUCCAAAUUCACAAAGACAUUGCUAGAUGUAUGAUUUCAGGAAAUACUGAAGUAUUUCUUAUUCACUAAUGUAAAUUGGUCAUUUAUCAUUGUUACUACAGGAAACAUUGAUAUUUGUUACAAAUGUAGAUUUGUCUUACAUAAAAAUAUCAUACUACCAGUAAUUUACAUUAUAUAGUUAACUCUGCAAAGGCUAUAUUUUUAUAUUUUCAGUCCCUUAUAAGGGCCAUUACUACCCUCAAACUUAGACCGAAUAUUGGACUCAUUCCCAAUGACAAAAAGUCACCCAAGUUCCCAAUUUUAUGAGUAAAAUUUCCCAAAUACAUUUAUAAAAUGAAAAUAUAUUGCACAAUGUAAAAUGGCAGGGAAAAAAUUAUAAAUAGUCAAGAACAGAAUAAAAAUAAACGUUAAAA